CCAACCCAAUGCACACAAUACGACACCGUGUAUUGAGACACGCCUAACCUUAACCCGGUUAGGUCUUUCAUGGUGUCACGCCUAGAGUCCUGCUCCUGCAUGUGGGCCAUCGGAAAGGUCUGAGAGUGUGAACAUAAUCCUGAGGCAACUAUUCUAACGCGGUUACAUUGAACACGACUCUGGCUACAGAUAAAUACAGAUUUUCAUCUAGUGGGAUUGCCGAGGUGAAGGCUGUGCAUUAUUUCCAUCUCCGAUACAACAUGUUCCUGUCAAGGAGGACAAAGAAGAGGCUGCUGUUGGUGGCUCUUGUCGCUAUCGGGUGUGGAGUCAUCUACAUCAGUUUGGAGGAAAUAGAAAUAACGAGGUCAAAGGAGAACAUUAUCAGUAGCUUCAGGUUAAAAGGAAAUGUUGUUUCGAUGAUGACAAGAAAACCAAAGGUGUUCAUAUAUCCGCUGCCACCAAAGUUUAAUAAAGAUGUAGCCAUGUGUGUGGGUACAGAAAGGGUACCACACUUCUGUUUUCAUUUAGAAAACGGAGGGAUGGGAACGCUGUUGUAUAGAGAAGGGGAGAUGGGAGUGUUUCAUACCAGUCAGUUCUCCCUUGAGGUGAUUCUUCACAACCAGCUUCUGCAGAGUCAAUACCGAACCAUGAAUCCAGAGGAAGCUGACAUCUUCUACAUACCCGCCUACCUAGGAAUGUUCAGAUUUUGUAAUUCAUCAGAAUCCGUCACACAAUUACAAGACGAAAUGUUCAAGAUCAUACAUUCUAUGCCCUACCUAAAGCAAGGGAAGCCUCACAUCUCAUCACUGGCGAGAAUUGAAAGGGAACAAGCAGAAAAAGAAUACCCUUUGCUUAUGAAUCCAAACUGUAAAAGUGUGACAUACAUCGUCAUCGAAAAGGAGUCUUUGUCGGAGUACAGAAAGGUUUUAGGUCUCGAGAACCAGAGAGUGAUAGUGGCUCCCUACCCCUCGUAUGUGCACCAGUACAACUCUAACUCAGCAUCACAGGCAAUAUCCUCACCUGGAUUAGGGGCAAGGCAGGUGCUGAUUUUUGUUGCUGCUAGCGUGAAGAACAACGAAUUCAGACGAAGCGUUCUGGAUCAGAUGUCACAUAAAGUCACUGGUGUUAGUUUUGAGAGAGUAAUUCAUCUUUUGAAUGAGCAUGGAGAUGAACUACCUGGCGGGGUGUUUCUGAACACAAUAGAAUGUCAAACUGGUCAUGAGAACAUCACGAUUGGGUGGAUGCAGAAGUCAGUUUUCUGUCUUCAACCUCCAGGAGAUUCACCCACAAGGAAGUCAUUUUAUGACAGUAUUCAAAGUGGAUGUAUUCCAGUCAUUUUCAGAUUUGCUGAUCAGAACGUGGAAUACCCCUUCCAACGGGUACUGAAUUAUACGGACUUCACUGUGACGAUCGAUUCAGGGCGGAUAGAGGUGCGACAGGAGCUGAUUCGUGAUAUAUUAAACGCGAUUCCCCAGGAUGAGGUUAAGAGACUCCACCAGAAUGUUUUAAAGGUGGCCCGGAUGUUACAGUACAGUGCCAUCGACUCAAACGCGAGUGACCAACCACGUGCGCACAAAGAUGCAUUGGACAUGAUUAUACAAGAGGUGCAGCAUAUGUAUAACAUAUGACGAUUGAAUGGAUUAGUGUUGUGAAUACCCUUUCACAUGCUUUUAGCAUAACUAUACGAAACGAUAGUCCUUCAGAUAUAGUUACAGACAUGAAUUGGCGAAUCAGUUUAACGAAACAGUGAGAUGCACACAGAUGUGUUCGAUAUGGCCACGUGGGAAAUGUAUCAGACAUACGAAAUAUUUUGAUGAAAGAUUAAGUGUGUAUUGAUCAGUUCUGAAUACGUCAAUUCAUUAUAAAUGAGUGACCAAAGUCCAUCGCGGAGGUCCAUUGCAGAAGUCCAGUGAGUGCCAGGGAGUUUCCGAGUGACUGAACUGCUAGCGGAAGGAAAACAUAUAGCAGUGUUACUGUUAGAAGAAAUAAACUGUAUGGGUGUUCAGCUACAUACCGGCAGUCGCCAGCUGCACAUCUUCCAGAGGCAAGAGGGUUAACCGACUGUUAUAAAAGUCCAGUUUCCACCCUUGCCGAACUAGGCUGGUAUUAUGGAGUUACAUUUUGGCUGGACUAACGAGUCUAUGCAUAGUCC